AGUGGAAAAGCGCGGGAACGACAACCGGAGGCGGGGCUGGAAGCUCGAUAAGUAUAUGUUUAUUCAUAUGGUGGAAAAGACGUUCGAGGAGCAGCCGGAUCCGAAGUGUAUGUGUUUAUUGAGACGGACUCGUACGUGUUUUGGUCCAACAUGAUCGCCUUUCUCUCGUGCUUCGACUCUUCAAAACCGCUGUACUUGGGCUCAGCCGUCUCGCUCAGUUCUCUAAGGUUCGCGCACGGCGAGUCGGGGUACGUGCUCUCCAACGCAGCCAUGCACCUUCUCCUCAGUCCAGAAAUGAAGGGGGACUUGGCAAAGAGUUGGGAUGGAAGGAUGAAGAGUAAUUGCUGCCGUGGUCUCGCGUUAGGAACAGGGUUGAAAGAGAAGGGCGUAGGGAUUACGGUCGCGGAUCCGUUGCUGAAUGGGUAUAAGCUUGCCAGCAUUAAAUUUGGACCGGGGGAGCAUUGGUGUCAGUCUGCGGUGACAGAGAAGCAUGUGCUACCGGUCGCAUGGCGCUACGUCAGAAGUACGUCUGCGAAACCUACCGACGGGGCAGAGGAGCAGAAAGGAGUGAAGGAUGUGGGAGAAGGCAAGAAAACGGAAGAUACCAAGGCUGAAAGUAAAGAAGUAGUAGCGAAAGUCGUUGAUAAAGUAGAAGAGGAGAAUAAGAAGGUCACUGUAGACUCGAGACCAGCAACCUGCAGAAAAAGAGAAACCGAAUGA